AUGUGCACAAAUCAAGUGGAGGAAAAAGCAUCAAACUCAGCACCGGUUAAGGGAGUCGUCACAUCAGGACAGGCUUCAGCGAAGCCGGUGGGUUUACAGUACUUGGACAUCGAUCAUCACAAACACCAGUUGAAUAUUCGCGCAGAAAUUUCAGCCACCAUUUGCAGUGUAAAUUGUUCGGACGGUCAAACACCGUUAUGCAGUGUUCCGUGCAUACCAAACGACAUUUGGAACGAUUUCUGCUCGUGCAAAGGGUUAGCCCGAUCAAUCACAGUAUACCAGUUAAGGUGCACGUGCAAACGACCAGUCAUGAAACCGAAUUUUUUCGCACAACUUUACGACGCGACUGGAUGUCAUGAGAAACUGGAAAUGGUAGAAACGAGUGCGGAGUAG